AUGCUACAGCAGCAGCAGAAGAAGGUGCAGCGGCGGGAGCAGCAGAAGCAGCAGCAUCAUCGGCUCCAGCAGCACCAACAGCAACAGCAGCACCAACAGCAGAACCAACAGCAACAGCAGCACCAACAGCAGCAGAGCCAACAGCAACAGCAGCACCAACAGCAGAACCAACAGCAACAGCAGCACCGACAGCAGCAGAAGCACCCGCAGCAACAGCAGCAGCAACAGCAGCAGAACCAACAGCAACAGCAGCACCGACAGCAGCAGAAGCACCCGCAGGAGAAGCAGCAGCAGCAGCAGCAGCAGCAGCAGCAUCAUCAUCAUCUUCUGCUGACUUUGUUUCUCCUCAGCAGCAAUACCCUCCUGGUUGUUUCGUCAACGGCAUCAACCGCUGCAGAGACCCGCCUAUAA